AUGCAGUUGGCAGCCACUUUAAUCCUACUGAGCCCUGCUCUGGCCUUUACCGGUCGCAUGACGCACUACGACCCCGGACUGGGCGCCUGUGGACGAACCAACGGACCCAAUGACCGUAUCGUCGCCCUUGGACAUAGCCGCUUCACCGCCGGGAACCCGAACAACGACCCGCUGUGUGGAAAGAACAUCAAAAUCCACCACAACGGCGUCACCGUCACUGCCCAGGCCGUCGACAAGUGUAUGAGCUGCGGGGCGAAUGACAUCGAUGUCAGCCCAGCCGUUUUCAAAUUCUUUGCGCCUUUGGGAACUGGCGUUAUGCAAGUCGAGUGGGAGUUUGCUUAA